ACCUCAAAUUGGGUAAUGCAAAUGUACAAUUCAAUUUCAGUUUAUGACCCACUGACCAUUUGAUUUUUAGUUUUUUUUUUCCGCUCUUUGACAUCUCAAAGUAAAACAAAAUGGCGAAAGGAAAGCAAUCUGGUGGUAGUAAAGGAAAAGGCUCCGGAGAUAGCAAGAAUGAUGGCAAGUUGAAACCAGCCAACAGUAUUAAAGUUCGACAUAUCCUGUGUGAGAAGCACAGUAAGGCUAUGGAGGCCUUGGCUAAGAUUAAGGAAGAGAAUAUGAGAUUUGACAAGGUCGCUGAAAUGUACAGUGAAGAUAAAGCCAAGGCUGGAGGCUCUCUUGGUUGGAUGAAUCGUGGUAGUAUGGUAGGUGCUUUCCAAGAUGCAGCUUUCGCUUUACAACCCAGCACCUGUGACAAGCCUAUCUUAACUGAUCCACCUGUUAAAACUCAAUUCGGUUAUCAUAUCAUCAUGGUGGAGGAUCGUAAAUAAAAAGACUAUUAAUGCAAGUUUGAAAGUAGAUAAAAAUACUAGCUUUUCAAAAAGCCCCCAUAGAAACGCGUCUAUUUUCUGCGCUGUAUAUCUUCCAAGUUGGUUUUCUUUUGUUAGAAAAAGAUUUUAUUGAUAAUGAUGUAUAGGUUCUCCU